GAGCUGCUCAGAUCAGCCUCAGCCUCAGCCUCAGCCUCAGCAGCAUCAGAUGAAGAUGAAGAUGAAGGAGAUGACAGAUCCUCACACAUGGACUCGAGCUCUGUCUGAUGGACGAACACAGUCUCGGAUGAUUGACAGCCUCGUGACCCAAUAGACAGGAUGAUCGCCACCGGCGGGCUGCUGAGGAUUUCCCGUCGCCAGGACUCGCUGCGAACCAAGAACCACGCGGAGAACAAGAAGAAGCGGAAAGCUCGGAAGAAGCGCAAGAACGACGUGGUGGUGGUGAAGGGCAAAGUGAAGCUGUGCUCCGUCUCUGGGCUGGUGGCAGCGCUGGGGGUCUUGAUCCUGAUGAUCGGCAUCACCAUGGCCGUACUGGGAUACUGGCCCAAAGAGAGGAACCAGGAGAAAAUCAUCAAACCCGUGCCACAAAUAACAAUCGAGAACUUUACGAGCAAUAACGAGUUAGUGAAGUCGAACGCUUCCUCCAGCUUCUUCAGAAGUCUGCUUGUGAGAUAUUUAUACUCGGACAACCUCAAAGUCUUCGGACCGUUAGUGAUGGGCAUCGGGAUUUUCCUCUUCAUCUGCGCCAACGCGGUUCUCCACGAGGAUCGCGACAAGAAAACCAAAAUCAUCAACCUGCGAGACAUUUACUCCACAGUCAUCGAUAUCCACAGUUUGCGAACCAAAGACUGCGUCCCGUUCAACGGCGUCAUCGUGCAACCGAAGAGCGAUAAACCGGCGUCUCCACGAAACAACAGACGCCCAUCGUCUGCGAGGAAACACAGCUUGUUUGCGAAGCACCCGUCGUUCGCCGACACGAUCUAUAGCAUUCAUCACGGAGCCGAGUGGGAGACGCACUCCAUCGUCACGUCGUCGCUCAAUGCCUUCACGCUCCCCGUCAUCAAACUCAACAACUGCGACGUGCAGGAGAACGAAGCUCCGCGGCGUAAGAGCUGUGUCGCGACGCUGGAGACCAAAGCGGAGGUCUCGAGGACACGGAUGUGUCUGUCGCACCUGUCUCUGAACGCACUGAUGGAUCCCGGAGCCAGGCGUCUGGACGAGAGCUCGCGCAGGUUCAGCUGUCCCAGACUGGAGCGAUCGGGGAGCAAGGGCUACUUUAAACUCUCCGAUCUGGGACAAGAUUCGCUCGAGACGCCCGACGCGGGGCGAGAGGAGGAAGAGACCCACGCUCUUCAGGAAAACUCAGAUACACGUCUGCAGAAACACACUGCGUGUCAUUCGUGAACCAUGACCUAGGCGCACAUUAAAAGAUAGAAAUGACUUUGAGACAAAACUAUUUUAACUUAAAUUCCGAAAAGGAGUACAUUGCGAAAAAAAUAAGUUUUCUUACGUAGUAUUUCUUGUAUAAAUAUAAAAAAUGUAUUGAAUCAAGAUGCAUUUAGUUUAAUGGUAAAAUGACUUGAAUUAAUAUAUAUAUAUAGUUUUUGCUUAAAACAAGCAUGAAUUUCUGCUAAUGGGACAAGAAAAAUAAUCUUGUUUAGCCUUUGAAUUAAGAUUAGUUUUCUUAUCCCAAUGGCAGAUAUUUUUAUUAAUUUUAAGCAAAAACUAAAAAUUUUUAAGUUUGUCAAGUAAAUACGUCUUGAUUCAGAAAACAAGACAAAAAUACUAAGAAAAUACUUUUUUUGUUUGAAGCAUAAGCUUAUUUAAC